UUGGACUGCGCUUUCAUUCUUGCGAGGCUAAGUUUGCAAGUGAAGAAGCAUCAAGCAGAGCCAUGCCCUUCUUAAGCGACUAGAAAAGGCAGCUCUAUGACUUCAUGGCUUGCACGCAUAAUAAAGAAAAGUGACGCGCUUAUUUUCCCGUUCCUGAUGAUGGCGUCUGGUUAUUCCAGCGAGCCAACAUUUGCAUGGGCCUCAUACAACCACACGCUUUCCUAUCAGCAUCUCGGCAGCCAGCUCAAUUCAUAUCUCGAACUUCUCAUCUUCGUUUCCAUCCUUGCCACUCUACUGACUUCGUUUAUUUAGACCGCUUUGUCUCCCCCUACAGUCUCGCUGCUGUCCCUUUGCGCAUAUCAUCGCGUUUGCGUAUAGAUGUACAAGAUUGAAACAAAAAAGAAAGAAAUAAAGAAAGUAGCCAGUCAUGCGGCUCACAGACAAUGUCGAGAUCUUCAUCGCCAAUCUGACCGAGCCCGUCCACCAUCUUGCUGAGUUCAGCAACAACAGGAGGUAUCCCGGAGAUACAGAAUACCGCUAUGUCGCUGCCGACGCAGGUGACCACUUCUACGGAAUCACCGUCGUUUUUGGACCAAGCUUCAACAUAAUGGCACGGACGAACGAUCCAAAGUACGGGGAGAAAGUGAAAGCGUGCCGGUUUAGAGCUACGAUCGACGGAGGCAUUGCCGUUCAAGAGUGCAUUUGGAGGCUGCCUGACGUGGUCAACAUCGAAAAUGACGAAAAGAAGCCGGCAGUGCAUAGAAUCGAUGUGUUCCUGACUGCAAGUCUGGCGUGGGAUGGAAAGUUGGAACAAUGUCGAAUCCAGAUCGAGACUGUCCCAGAAGCUCAGCCAAAUGUGUUCGACAAAGUCAAGAUGCCAGCUGAGCUUGUGGAAAAGAUUGGCCACAUCGACAUCGAGUUUGAACGUGGAUACCUUGAUUUUCGUAGGGAAGAUCAGGACCCUCCAUUUGUGCCUCAUAUUCCUGGUGCUUUCAAUAGAAACUACUGCGUGACUGGUGCUGCCGAUGUAGUGUAUCGAGCAAAGUUGGUCCCAUGUAAAGAGAAAAGACUGCACGAUGGGAGCGGGCUCUUCGUGGCUGCAGAGAAGACCAAGAGGCUGAGAAUCGACUAUUUGUGUCGCUCAUCAAUUGACUGCGGCGUGAGAGCACAAUACAUCUCAAGACGCGAGCAGACAGCCGAAUUUCUAGCAAUGCGAGCAGCUGCGAAUGCCUUCUACAGGAACAAGAAGGCUUAUGUACUCAAUACAAAGUCAAGAGCCGAGUCGAUACCUGCUAAGCACAUUCCAAAAGAACCACGAGCUAAGAAGAGAGGAGCUAGAGUCGUCGACUUGACUGAAGAUAUCGCUUUGAAACAAGGAAAUGGUUCAGCCAAGAAAAGAGUGAAAAGGGAAGCAGAAUUUGGGAAUGAAAGAGCUAGAUUUCCGCUGAUCGACCUGACCGUGGACCUUGACGACGAACAAGGUGCAGCAAGCGGAACGCAACAAUUGAAAAGGGAACAACCCCAAAUCAUCGAUCUAACAGAGGAGCCCGUCACUGUUAAGCGGGAGCAAUUCAAGUCCAUGCAGGGCCUCAAGACCCAGCCGAGAAAUACUCCGUCACGGUCUCGUACUGCUCCACCGGUGAACAAAGACCACGCCGAAGGUGAUAGCCAUGCCGAAUGGGGAGCGGAAUUUUCAGGUCACAAACCAGCGCUGGUAGAGUCCAUGACGAAAUCCAAAGCAGUACCUAAGCCAACGCGCAGAGCGCCGGACUUAGAAAAAGCCGGGCAACGAGCAACGUACUGCGCAAAGCCAGCGGUGCCAACUUCAAAACUGGAGCCGCAAGUGCCUGAAAGCAGCAAGGAGAGGAAAACCAAAUCUGCAGAAUGUCCAGUCGGACGUGACUCCUUUCGACUUGACGCUCAAGCGACUAAGAACCGAACCAACAGAGCGAUGUUGAAGGCAGCAAGACUUACAAAAAUGCCGCAACAUGAAAAAGUGGCUAUGCCUGCAUCUCCACUCACGCAGUGUCAAAGUAGCGAGCAUGAGAGGACUGCGUCUCCACUUUCUCGGAAUUCAAGGCGUGCGCCAAUUCUUCAAGCACAACCAUCCUCAAGCGCGGGAACAAGGGACGAUAAGCUCUCAAGAUCAAGAUCCGUGAGUGUGUCCGCAUCUAACGGCAUUCAAGCGGUAGCAAAGGGCGUGACCUCUUCACGAAGUCAGAGUUCUUCCUUGGCGAGAUCUCCCUCUCCUUGCGUGCAGCCCGAUAGUCGAAACGAGGAAGACGCACAGCAAAAUGGGCAUUCAGGCUCAUUAUCCCCAACGCAUCAUUCAGCGGAUCUGACGAAAACCAAGAAUGGUAACGGCAAGAGAGCCGUCAUCGGCCCGGAAGAGAUCCAGCUCCUUGGAACCGCAGAGCUUCACGUCCUCAAAGCCAAGUUUGAUUACCUAGCGGCGAGGAAAUCAGUACAUGGGCGUGGUAACAGCUCAAAGGCUCUGCUUUUCAAAAUCACAGGGCUACAUUGCAGCUUGGAGCUACACAACCGUGAGAUUAGAGCUUUGCAGGCUGAAUUGAAGGCAAGCAAGUAGGUCCUAGCUCUUGUGAUGCGGAAGCCUGUGCAUCAAAAGAGCCAUGGAGAUUGGUGGAUCAGCUUCCGAGGGUGAUAUUCGGUGUAUGUUCAUCAAGGAGAAUAUGAACAGCUACAGGUUCGUAGGGGACUCCGGCUCAUGGCGGAUAUGAUAAGUUAAGCUGGAGGGUAUUGCUGACAAAGGCCUCGUCCGGUGAUGACCAUAAUCUGAACAGCGGGGGCAUUAGAAAAGCAAGGAAACGUGUUGGAAGCUCCCACAGCCCGUUCUAUUACUUUCAAUCCCACGUUUCCAUGCUUCUUAUGCAGUGUUCUCGCUCGAGAUGUGGGUGCUCGACGAGUUCUAGUUAGCGCCCUUCGAUAUUC